AUGUCUUCAAUCGCUCCGAGAUCCCUUGCCACUGCCCUGUUUGUCCCCGAUGGCGACGAAUACCAUCAGUGUCGGAUCUGCUUCUCCCGUCGGAAGCAAGUUCGUGGCACUGGGUACACGAACCUGGUGGAACAUCUCGUACGGUGUCAUGCCAACACUUACGAGGACGAAUUCCGGACGAUUCAACGGCGAGAAGGUAGCCUCGACGCUUUCGUGAAGGGCGAUGAAUUCUCCAGGACAAUUUAUCACUGGUUGGACUGGAUCAUCAUGGAGAACCGCGUACUGAGCAUGUGUGAAAAGGUGAAAACGCGGAAGUAUACUCGUUUGAACCGAGUGAGCGUGAAGACGCUAAAGAAGAACAUGUUUGGGCUGGAAGGUGUCGUUCAAGGACGGAUCAAGUUGCGGCUGCGUGGCAAGAAAGUCGGCUUUGCUAUCGACGCGUGGACCGAGGACGGUACGCAUUUCGUGGCGGUCAUCGGUGUAACUGAGAUCGACAAGUAUCUUUUGUGCUUUUCGACUCUGACGGACAAGUCGGACAUGGGUUUGGACGCGAUUAUCGAGCUGCUUGACGACGUCUUAGACACAUACGAGAUUCAUGCCUCUCAGCUGUGCUUCUACGUCCACCGAUUCAACUUGGCCGUCCAAGCCCUCAUGCGCGAAGACAACGAUAUAUUGGAUAAAGUCCAUGCGCUCAUGGUCAAGUUGAACACAAUCAAGAACCGGCACCAUCUCCCCAAGGCAACAUGUCCAUGA